AUGUGGCAAUUUUUGAUAGUCUUGGCCUGCCUUUUGCCUGGCCACCAGUCGGUUUUCCUUGAGGAAUGCAAAGGUGUGAUUAUCAACAAGGUGACUAACGAAAAUCAGGAGUGCAGCGAGUUUGUCCACUGCGAUGGUGAUGAUUCGUAUUACUGCAAUGGCGAUUGUCGCGAGGCCGUCGAGUGUUAUAACCAAGAAGUGACCACCAAGGCACCUGCACCACCAAUUACCACCCCUAGACCCGCAUUUACAACUACCGAAGAAGAACCCCCUCCACCGGAAAACUCAACCUCUACAACUAAAACCCCAUCGAUUGCACCAACUUCUAGUACCACUCCGAUUCCAAGCAACGAUAUCCGCGUGAUCUGCAAGACGAGUGGAAGAAAUGGAGUCUAUCCCUAUCCGGCGAAUAGCAAUUACUACUAUCAGUGUAUCUCCGGUUAUCUUCUCCUCCAGCAAUGCCCACAGAAUUUUCAUUUCGACGCUGCGCAAGGACAGUGUAUCUACACAAAACCCAAUCGUUCAUCGGUUUUACAUUCGUAA